UCCUAGCCAUGUGUGUGGGGGGGGAAGUUUUAAAUUUCAUGUUGUAUUUCUUACAAAUAAUCCUGCAAGGGGUGAUGCAGUUAGGCCUUGGAUAUUAGACAGGUGAAGGUAGUAGGGUUUGAAGAGAUGGAGGUUGUUAAUCAGUGUUGUGAUGGAAUCCAAUUCUGUUCAGAACCUGCACAUGUAUCCAGAGCCAUGUGGUCAGCCGAUGAAAUCGCUGAGCUAUGUUACCUGCACUAUAGGACCAGACUCCCUAAGCAGGGGAAACCAGAUCCCAACAGGGAAUGGACUUCACUGGCAGCUGUUGUCAAAGUGGAGUCUGCAACCCAAAAAGAGGUUCUUGCUAGUCCAGGGAAUCUGCAGGUAACGAAGGAAGUUGUUGCUAUGGGAACUGGAACAAAGUGUAUUGGCCAAAACAAAAUGAGGAAAACUGGAGAUGUUCUGAAUGACAGUCAUGCUGAAAUUGUGGCCAAGAGGAGCUUCCAGAGGUAUCUUCUCCAUCAAAUGGGGCUGGCAAUUUCCCAUCAGCAAUGCAGUAUCUUUAUUCCGGGAACUGAAACUGGGAAAUGGAAACUCAAACCAGAUAUCAUAUUUGUUUUCUUCUCCAGUCACACCCCAUGUGGAGAUGCUUCUAUUAUUCCAAUUAGUGAACCAGAGAACCAGCUUUCUAAGCCAGUGACUGAAGAUGAUGCAGCUGAACAAUCGGCAGAGUGUAGAAGGAACCAUGAUCACUUGGGUCCAGAAGAUAAAAGGAAAUCAGAGAAAAUGGCAAGUAAUGAUGUAAUCAAGAGAAUGAAAACAGACGAUGGUUAUUUUUCCGUAAUUACUGAAGACCUGGCUGUUCAGCAAGUAUCUGUGGAACGAGAAGAUGAUGCAGAUCCAAAUUCUGCCGAGAUGCAAACAGCUAAUAAGGAGACUGGCUUAGGGAGACCAAAGGUAGUAGAUGUCUAUAGAACUGGAGCAAAAUGUGUACCUGGAGAGCUGGGUGAUGCCCGAAUGCCUGGGGUAGGGUAUCACUGUGUGGGAUUAUUACGAGUGAAGCCGGGUCGUGGGGACAGAACGUGCUCUAUGUCCUGCAGUGAUAAACUGGCUCGCUGGAAUGUGUUAGGGUGUCAAGGAGCUCUUCUGAUGCAUUUCCUGCAGUAUCCAGUGUAUCUGUCAGCAAUUGUAGUGGGGAAGUGCCCAUAUAGCCAAGAAGCUAUGCGGAGAGCAAUUAUUGAAAGGUGUCAGCACAUCUCACUUUUACCGGAUGGUUUUCUCGCUCAGGAGGUUAAGCUGCUGCAGUCGGAUCGUGGGUUUGAACACAGCCGCCAGGCAAUUCAGGAAGUUCAAGCUAACAGCAAAAUAAAGCUUGUUCCGUGUAGUGCAGCUAUCAGUUGGAGUGCAGUCCCUGAGCAACCUCUGGAUGUCACCUCAGAUGGCUUCCGGCAGGGAACAACUAAGAAGGCGAUUGGGAGCCAUCAGAGCAGAUCCAAGAUCUGUAAAGUGGAACUCUUCCAUACAUUCCAAAAGCUGGUGACAAGUAUUUCACAAGAGGAUCUACCAGACACUCUCCGGAUGAAGACCCUAGAAACCUACUGGGACUACAAGGAAGCUGCGUUAAAUUAUCAAGAAGCCUGGAAAGUGCUGCGUAGCCAAGCCCUGUCGGGUUGGGUCAAGAAUGCCAAGGAAUACCUCCAGUUCACAUGAGAAUACACGUGACUGUGUAAAUCCAGCAAUAAGUGCACAGCAGAUACCUCUGCAGUUCAAGGGCCAGGAAAAGAUGUCCUGUAAGGAGACAAGAGUGAAAAGGAAAGCAAUUUAGAGAAGUCUUUAUUUUGGUUGAGUUGAAGUCUCCUUUUUAUUGAAAUAUAGAAAAAGAUCAUUGCAGACUUAAAGUUCUGAGCUACGUGAUACAAUAUGCCUUCAAAAGAAAAGCAGCAGUGAUGUGCUGUCCUCGUUAUCUGAGGACAUGAUCGAUGCUUCCAUUGCAGUGGACUGUGGCUGAAUGUCAACUGAGAUUGAAGCAGUGCUAUGGAAGAAAGGCUGUCGUUGUAAAAAUUUUAGUGUUGCUUUUUUUUUUUCCACUCUUCAUAAUGUUAUGGUUGGUUUUGUGUUGCUGGGACAACCCUAAUGUAUAGUAAGUAAUAUUUUUAUAACUUUUGGCUCUCCUUGUCUGGUGCCUGAAAGAAUUUUCCGUGUCCCCCAGCCCCAUUGCUUCUAACUGGAAAUACUAGUUAUUAUUAAAGGGUCUUUUUUUCCACGA